AUUCCUCCGUCGUCGUCAUCCUUCCGCCGAGCAGCCGGAAACUCAAACAUAUGAAAUGAAUGCCGCGAGCUUAUUAGCAUCGGCGGCCAUCAACAUAGGCCUUGCAGUUGUCGUCCUAUGUCUCUUCUCCAUUUUGCGAAAACAGCAUUCCAAUGCCAACAUAUACUACCCUCGUCGUCUCUCUCUUCACCAUCCGAUUUCAUUCGAUCGUUCCUUCACUCUUCAACGGUUCCUUCCAUCACUUGAUUGGAUCCGUGAUGCUGUUAGAGUUACGGAGGAUGAAAUUCUUUCUAGUUCCGGCCUUGAUGCACUCGUUGUCAUAAGAUUCUUUAAAUUCGGGAUAAAGUUUUUUGUGGUCUGCUCUGUCGUUGGAUUGAUGGUUCUUCUGCCACUCAACUGUUCUGUCUCUCCUGGUCUAUCUUCAAGCUCAAGUUCCAUGAACUCUUUCACGAUUUCCAAUAUCCCUAGAGGAUCGAACAGGCUUUGGGUCCACUUUUCAUCAUUAUGUUUUAUAUCUCUUUCGGGAAUAUAUCUACUUCACAAGGAAUACAAGGCUGUCCUUGUGAAAAGAGUUCAGCAACUGCGUAAUCUGAGGCAUCAACCAAGUCAAGUCACUGUUCUGGUUCGACAAAUUCCUUUAUGUGAUGAACACAAGGCAUUUAGCUGCAGUGUAGAUCAUUUCUUCUCCAAAUAUCACCCUCAUGCAUAUCAUUCAUAUCAGAUUCUAUACACUGCAAAGCAUCUUGAGGAGUUGCCCGUUGCUUUUGUCGCAUUUAGGUCUCGAUGGGAUGCUGCCCUUGCUUCCCAAACACAGCAGCAUCCAAAUCCAUUAUUGUGGAUCACUCAGAUGGCCCCAGAACCUAGAGACGUGUUGUGGAAGAAUCUGUCAAUCCCUUAUAAGCAUUUGGUACUUUACAGAACUGGGGUAUUUGUAGCAGAACUUCUUUUCACUAUAUUCUUUGCUAUUCCAGUUACUGCGGUCCAGGGGAUAGCACAGUUCGAAAAGCUGAAGAAGUGGUUCCCUCCAGCCAUGGCUGUGCAAUUAAUACCAGGAUUGAGCUCCGUUAUUACAGGAUAUCUUCCAAGUGUCAUUCUUAGUGGGUUUGUAUAUAUUGUGCCUUAUGUUAUGAAAGUAAUGGCGAGGGUAGCAGGUUACGUUUCAAGAAGUGAACAGGAACAGAAGGCUAGCAGCAUGGUUUUCUACUUUUUGAUGGGCAACGUCUUCUUCAUGAGUGUGUUAUCCGGAUCUUUGCUUGAUCAGAUCGGGAAAUCUUUCAUCAACCCACGGGAUGUACCAAGCCGGCUUGCAAAGGCUGUCUCUGUCCAAGGAGACUUCUUUAUGACAUACAUCCUGACGAGUGGGUUGUCUGGAUUCUCUCUGGAGAUUCUUCAGCCUGGAUUACUUACUUGGGAUACUAUGAAAUUGCAUACAUGGGGCCGAGGAAAAAAGAAAACCAAUUAUCUUUAUUCGUUCCCUUAUUAUAGAGUUCUUCCCUUUGUAGAACUCUUUGUUCUUGUUGGUGUUGUAUACGCAGUCAUUGCACCAUUGCUUCUUCCAUUUCUAGUCGUUUACUUCCUUCUAGGCUAUGUGGUAUUCAUCAAUCAGAUGCACGAUGUGUAUGAAACUACAUACGAGACCUGUGGCCAGUAUUGGCCACACAUUCACCAUCAUGUUGUUCUAGCCAUCAUUAUCAUGCAAAUCACCAUGAUCGGUCUCUUUGGACUGAAGUCAAAACCCUCUGCAUCUAUCGCAACAAUUCCGCUCCUUGUUGUAACCGUAGCUUACAACGAGUAUUGCAAGUUCCGUUUUCUUCCUACAUUUUACAAAUGCUCUGUCCAGGAUGCCAAGGAUAAUGAUGAACUUGACAAUGAUGGUCCAAACGACGCUACUUGCCGCAAAGCGUUAGAUGCAUACCGUCCACCUUCUUGCCAUCAAGCAUACGUUGGCACAGAAGAAUCAACUUCAACACAACCAUUACUGUCACCGACUGUGUAGUUGUUUCCGUCGUCUACUUUGGGAUCGAGUCGACCCUCCUCGGCUUGCCAUCAUGGACCAAAAUCCAAAGGAUCUGAUCUUUUAAAACGAUGUAUUGUACUCUCUUGACCACGUCUGCAAUAAAAAGUAUGGAUCGAGGCCAUGUCAUCCGCAAUACGAAAGUAUUGGUGCCUCGGGGAUCAAAUCCUUUUUAUAGCAAGCAAAACCUGAGUCGUCAGAUGAAAACGCAUAGUAAUUGAAGCUGAAAAACACAAUAUUCAAUAAAUGGUAUUGUUGUUAUAUAUAAAAGUUAUAAUUUUACUAGUUGUGUACCCAUGCAAUACAAUGAGAUGGAAAGGAUAACGAGAAUUUUGAAGCGUUUAUGGUUUUGUUAGAGGAGAUUUUUAGGGCAUUAUGAGGGUAGGGUCUGUUUAGCGCUUGAGGCUUUCCGGCUUAU